ACUCUCAACCCGCCGCACGGCUCCUCUGACUAACUUCUGUGCAGAUGGCUCGACUCAAUGUGGAAGAAAGUAAAGCUACCGGACGAUGUUUGGAAGAGUGGCGCUGUUAAAGAGGAGAUCCUACGAUGAAAACGUGGACUCUGGAGCUGAAACUGCCGAAUCUGACUGCAGCAUGAUGUCAUCCUCUGACAUUGAGCUUGUGACCAGACGGGUCAGGCAGCAGCGGCAGCCUCAGCUCCUGCCGAUGAACUUGCAUCUGCUGGCCAACCCCGGGGACUCCCUGCUGCUGCAGCACAGCCUGGACCGCCUGCUCCGCUGGCUCUGCCCCAGCCUCCGCAUCUUCCAUGUGUCCGAGAGGGCCUCCCCAUUCAGGAGCUACACACACCUCUGUCCUGUGGCAGGCUACCCUUCUGUGGCCAUCACCUUCUUCCUCCAUGAGGCCUACGGAGAGGAGCGGAUCCUCAAAGUGCUGGACUUCUUCCAGCACCCGCCCUGGCAGUACCACCACACUGAGACGUGCGGCAGCCAGACCGGGGGGGUCCACAUCAGCUCCAGCAGCUCCCCCUCCAACGCCAUGCUGCGGCCCUACCUCCUGCCCAGCAGAGACUUCUACAGUUUGGGGGCAGGCAUGCCUGUGUGGGGGGUGCGCCCAGUCCACUGUGGAGGAGAGAUACUUCGUGUGACACUCUACAGUGGAUACGACAACUACGAGGACGCCGUGCGGCUCUAUGAGACGGUGCUGCAGCGGCAGGCGGAGGAGCAGAAGACCGGCUUCUGCUGGUUCACGCUCCACACAGAGCCGGGGCUGUGCAUGCAGCUGGCGUUAAAACAGCUGUCUCCAGGGGUCCGGGUGGAGCCCUGCAGCUCUGCCGUGCUGCAGUUUAGUGUGGAGGAAAUAGGCCAGCUAGUCCCUCUGCUGCCCAACCCCUGCACCCCCAUCAGCGGCUCCCGCUGGCAGACAGAGGACCUGGAUGGAAACAAAGUUCUCUUCCAGGUGAAAAUCCCGGCUCAGCCUCAGCGACCUCUGACCUGUGCUUUCCCCCUGACCUGCCCCAGCGUGCCCCCCCAAGGGGUGCAGCUCAGGAGCCUUGCCCAGGGCCCCAGCCUGUCGCCCUGCAGCCUCACAAUGCCCCGGCACACACACAGGCAGGGCCUCAGACCGCGCAGUGACCCAGCCCUGGAGAAGCUUUAUGGAGGGGGGAUAGCAGAGAGCCAGGGGUCAGGGAGCUGCUGCAGCACCCCUCCAGGCAGCUCCUGUUACUCCUCCCAGCGCAGCAGCCCUGCACCCCCCUCCACCACCCAUCACCCCGACUCCCCCCUGCGCCCCUCCAUCACCCGCUCUCUGUCCCAUCUCCUCCUGGAAGAGGAUGAGGAGGAGCCAGAGACCAACGUAGACACCGGAGUCUCACUGCUCUCAGACUCGGCAGUCAAAAUACUCACUCGCUCUUCCUCCGUGGAGCUGUUGAUGACUCCUCACCCUGAGAGACCUGCAGCUGUGGGGGCUUCCGCUGUCCAGGGUCUGGCCAAGGAGCUGAUUGAGUGUCUGCCACGGACACACAAACACCCUCAGGUCUCCUCCGGGACUUGGGGCUCCGCGGGAUGUACGCACGCAGCCAGGAAGGCCUGUAGCGGCAGGACUGUGGCGGCAAGACAAAGCCCCCCCAGAGGACCCUUCAUAGAGAGCAGGACUACUGCUGAGCUGCUGUCAGCACACACACACAAGACGGAUGAUGAGUUCUUCAUCUGAAUCCCUGCUACUACACCUCAAGUCUUGAAAUAGAUUAUAAUCAUACAAUAUUGUAGAUUUAUUUGUGAGAAUUGUUCAAAGCCUAGCGGAGUGAUAUUUGCGGGUAUUCAUAUCCUCAAUGUCUUUUAUAUUUAGAUCUAACUAAUGAUUUGUGCAGCUAAAAUGGAGCCCUGUAACAAACCCUGGAGGAAAUGCUCUUUACAAAAUGUUCCUGUCAGGGUGCGAAUGCCAGUGUCUGUCUCAAAUUGCCUUUUGAAUAAUGCUGAUGUCUGUGUCGCUGUUGAUCGUGAUGAGAGAUCUGAUUCAGUGCGAGUGCUCUCCACAGCGCUGCAGGUCUAACACGGUACAAGUAUAGCCUAGUGGCUUUGAUUACAUUUGUUUGAAUGCACUUGAAAUGAAUAAUGACUCUAGUAUUUGUGUGUUUAAAUAUUUAUCUGAUUGACUACACCAGAUAAAAUGUAUUGAAUAGGAUUGAACUUUCUUACAGUUAACAGGAUGUUCUAACUAGCUACUUAAAGAGAUCAUUUAAACUACAAAAAGUCUUCUAAUAUAUAUUUAAUAAAUCUAACCAUUAGUAUAGAAGGUGUCUAAAACAGCCCAAAUGUGUCCUGGGACUAAGACAUGUUGAUUACUGUAAGGCAGUAAGCUGAGGGAUCAGCAGACAGAUUAACUUAAGUGAAAACUUAAAACGUAUUGGACUGAUCAGGUACAGAUGGCUGCAAUCACUUAUAUAUCAAGAUAUUGUUGUAUUGUGAAGAGAGAAAAUACUAUGCAUCUAAUUCAUUGAUGAGUUAGGUCAAAAUGUUGUCUUCUACAACACAGAUUGCGUCUUUCCUGUCAGUCAAGCUUUCAAUCACAGCUAAACCUGCAUGUGGUUUUCACUUGAGCAUCAUGGACAGUGUAUACAAAAUGCACAUCAUAUAGGGUUGUACAGUAUGAGCUGCUCACCGGUCAACUCGACGCUGAAGGAGUUGUGAAUGUUUACAAUAAAUGUAUAAAAGUCAGGAAGCAUCAGCUGGGAGUGUCCUUAGUGUUUAAAAUGUUCAGUGAAGCUUAACAUGA